AAAUUAGCCGUCUAAAACGACCUCACUCCUCAUUUUCUCUCUCUCUCUCCUCUGCAACUCAACAGAAGAAGAAUCAGAACCUUUUCUCACUCUUCACCUUUUUUUCUCUUUCUCUACAUAUCUCACACACCUUGCCCUCAUUCCCACCUAAAUACUCCCUACACUAUUCCUCACUUCUCCGUGUUCGACGGCCGCCGGACGGUGAAACAGUAGAAAAUUAAUAUCUCCAAUUUUCAUCGUCUAGUGAACGUGCUGGUAUUAUCAUUGAUGCGACUCUUUAGCUGCCUAUGAAUUUCACAUUUUGUAUCUAAGAAAGCAUGGGUUCAGCUUGUUGUGUUGCUGCUGGAGAUAGAACGGUUAUAAAUGGAUCAACCGCUGAAAGUUUGCAGAGGAAUGUCCGGUACUCGCCUUCGUGGAGCUUUCGUUGGGAUAAUCGGGGGCGUGUUGCUGGGGAGGAGACAUCAGUCAAUUGGUCUUCUGAUGGAGUUGGUGGAAAUGAUAGAUUAGAGUUUAAAUCUGGAACAACCUUAGAAACUCUAUAUGCAUCUGAAGAGGGCAGUCCAUUGGAUAGUUCCCGAUCACUUGCAUUGCAGAAGUCACCAGUUUCUGAUUGCAACACGGUGAACUCAACGCUUCCUCUAUCUGAUCAAUCGGUUGUGAGAAAUUCCACAGAGGUCAAAGAAUCAAUUGAGUCAUCAGCAGUUCCAUGCCCCUCUCCUGCUCCGUCAAUUCCCUCUGUUUCAUCAUUAUCUACAUCUCCUUUAUCAUCAAGAAGUCAGCUGCUUCCUGCAAGCUCUACUCCUUUGCCUCACUAUUCUUCUGGCCACCAGCUCGGACGGCAAGUUUCUGAUAGUCAUACACCAGGGAUAAAGUCACCUACUUUCUCAAUUUCUGAAGAAUCAUCAUCCUUGGUGCUCCCUGGUUGGAGUAAUGAAUCAACAAGAGCCUCUAAUGGUGGAUCAUCAGAUGGAUGGUCUGUUCCUGCCUUCUCUGACCUUGCAAAUCCUCGUAGAGAAAGGUGGUCAUUUGAUAGUGAAUCCAUGAGUUUCCAUCGUGACAAGGUAAGCAGAGCUAGUGGUCGAAGUUCCAGUUCACCUUCUGUAGAUCUCCAAACCUGUGGCAUUUGUACGAAGCUGCUAACAGAGAGAACUUCGUGGGCCUCAAAUGAACUUGCUGUUGUUUCUGUUCUAAUUUGCGGCCACGUUUUUCAUGCUGAGUGCUUGGAGAGUAUGACACCUGAAAUCAACAAGUAUGACCCAGCUUGUCCUGUUUGUACUUUUGGGGAGAAGCAAGCAUUGAAGAUGUCUGAAAAAGCAAUGAAAGCUCAGAUGGACUUGAAAGCUCGAAAGAGAUUCAGGAAUCGGAUUGUUGACAGUGAUUUUAGUGGCAAUCUUGGAAUGUUUGAUCGACAGAAAAGUAGUGAACAUGGCGGAAGGUGUCUCAAGAUGAGCUCAAGUUCCAGCAUGAAGAGCUCUUCGGGAAAGCCCUUCUUGCUGCGUCAUUUUUCAUUUGGUUCCAAGGGGACAAAACCCUAUACCGAGAGCCUGUCCACCCGGAAAAAGGGGUUUUUCUGGACAAGAUCUAGCAAGGAGUAAAGCUUCUUGGUGGAUGAUAAUGAAGCCGCGGGUCAGCUCUCUAAGGAUAGUAGAGAGCCAUAAAAGCGUCAGGAUCUUGCUGGCGGAUAUGGAUUCCCAGAAUUUAGGUUAGCUUUUGAAGUAUACAAUGUAAGAAAUUGGGAAUACAAUACAAGUUGACUAAUGAUCGAUUCAUUAUAUAGGAAAAGAAAACAAAAAAGUGCAUAGUAUCCGUUGGUAGUUUUUUCUUGGUGUACAUUCAAGUUUGUUUUGUUCCAUGUUAAGGGGGCAUGAAAUUAUCCCGAAGACUGUCUGGUCUAGAUUCUUCUAUUCUGCACCAGGUAUCUAGAUUAUAUGUAUAUGCCUGCCUAAAGAUGUAAUGAUUUUUUAGCCCUUGUACGUGGGAUAUUCUGUCUGGCCAUCUCUUUAUCUUUGAUAUUGUGCUCAA